AUAAAUAACAUUGGAGAGACUUGCGCUCGAACAGUGCGAUUCGAUGAUUAGCUUCGUCAAAUUCUGGAUCUGGGAGAUGUUGAGCGCACGUCAGUUCGUUGGCCUUGCCCUGAUCGGCACUUUGAUCCCGUUAACCCAAACGCUGACACUGGUGGAGAUGACCGACGUGGUAACGAAAUGCGCCCUGGGACAAAACUUCACCGAGGCCAGCAUUCCUGGUCUCCUCAAGGCUGAGUAUUCGUUCGAUCAAGCGACCAAAUGCUUUCUCCGUUGUAUGGGUCACGAACUGAAGGUGUACGAGGACGCUUCGGGAGUCCUGAUGAACGCCAUGUGGAUCCUUUUGCGCCCGGGUCGUAAGGCCGAAGAGGAAAACGAGUUCGCCGCAUCACACGCCAAAUGUCUUGAAGAAAAUUUGGCCAAAGUCCCGGCGGAUGAUUACUGCGAGAAGGCGUACGCGACGUACAAAUGUUUUGCCGACGAAUGGGUGGCGUUGGUAAAGGAGAUGAUUGUUGUACCUUCAGUAGACCUUGUGUUUGGGGUUUAAAAUGUGGAAAUAAAUGUACGAUUUCGAUAACAA